UUGAAGAUUGCAAAUGUUCGAUUAGUGUUGCGUUUUUUGUAACGUAGUUUUGCUAUGUUGUCCCGCUUGAUGACUCUCUAGAACGGGGAGGGAGGGGAAUUAGUCGGGCGGAGUUUGAGUCCCAUGAUUCAUUUCUGAGUUGGAUAUUUAUCUUCUAUGGCUUGAAUAGUGAGAGAUUUUUCGUGCAGUGCGACAUAAGGAAGAGGGGUGAGGUUUUGGUAGCGUGAGGGCUUUCGGUAGAUUAUUAUUUCAAAGAUUGAAGCCAUUUAUUAUGUACAUGAAGAUAAUUUUGGCUGGGCGGAUUGAAAUGCUGCCGAAAUGAGUGUUGAGGAGUUUACGACGUGUGUUCUGGAUGAGGUGCUUGAGCAGUGUAUAAUAUGUGACACCACGUUGUAUUCGUGUGUUGAAAGGGGGUAGGGUCAUUAAGAGGAUAUUAGAGAUGAUUAAUUAGGUCCUCGACAUAAGGUGUAGUGAUUCAGUAGAGUAAUAUGCUGGCAGAAAAUUGUGAAUGACUCUACUGUGUGUGUGUUUAUGAUUGGAAACUUGUGCUGUAAUUUAUUUAUUGGUUUCUUGAAUCAGCAUGCUGAAAUCAAACAAUGGGAUGAUUGAGGUAACAUGAGAAGGAUGUAACGAAAUUGGUUAUUCUCGUUAUUAAUCUAAAGUCAGCCCGAAUCGAACACGCUUGGAAGAAAGAGAAAUCGAUAUUUAACCGUUUGUGAUGCUGGACGCAGGAGCUGAGCAAUGGAGCGUCCCGAUGGGUGCAGCAUUCAUGCUAAGGUGAUCGAUACAUGAUAAUGCUUUGGAAGGUGAUCGUGUAGUACGAAAUAAGGACGUCCGCUAAUGGGAGUCGUAGAAGAACGGCUGGACAGGUUUGUCUCCAGGACUGUGGACAUGGAAGGGGCUGUACAGGACCAAUCAGAAACCGAAACGAGAAACGGCAUGGAAACAGUACUUCAGCGGAUACGAGCUACACCAUGGGAGCGCAAUGAUACUAAAAAUAGGAUCGAGCUUGGGACCGUGCCAGCGGAAAGUCUAAACUCAACCCAUGCUUACGCUGUAGAAGAACGGCAAGCUAGUGAUUCAAUAACUGUACAAUGGGCAACAUGUGUUGCUCCAAACCUAGCAACAUUUGAAGAGCGGAACACAGUGGGAAUUAGCGGCCAAUAUGAGAAGACUGCGGAAAUAAUUCAACCAUCGUUGUGCGCAUUAGGAUCCGGGGUAUACCUCAAGCAGUAUCGUUCAGCAUCGGAAAAGGAUGUAAAUGACAACAAAUUGGAAUUAUAUGCCUUAGAUAACUUAGACGCUAGUGACUUAUGUGUCAGUGAAUUAGCUGACCAUCAGAACAAGUUCAUCAUAUUGCCGGAAUGGCCAAAUUGUUACCAAGCUCGUGGUCAAGAGACGUUCAUCGCACCUCCAACAGACUCGAUCAUCAAUUCAACCACCAGACGAGUUGCCCAUCAGAUUGAAUGCGAGCCAGUUGAAAGUGACAUUGAGGUUACGGAGGCGCACAGACUGUUUCUUGCAGACGAAUUACUGUCAGCAGGCCAGGGCGUGCUUGAAGAAUUCGACUACCCUCCACUUCCAAAACAACCCUCCAUGGGCCAAUCUAGUAGCAGUCGAUGCACCGAAAAGAGAGGUAUCGAUAUUGAUGAGAGUGAAGGCAUUAGUAGCCAGGCAUUAAGAAGGAAGUAUCUUGACAGCGAGCAUUUCGAAGCACACUCUAGGGUAUUAUCUACCAGUUCCCUGCAGAACCCUGACAGUGGCCAAAUUGACAUCAACAGCGCGUUUCGCGCAGAAGUAAUAGAUGAGGACGAGUUCGAAGAACACCGAAGUCUGGAACAACAAUCUGAAGGCAGAAUUGAGAAUGGUAUUAGGUUUCUGAGCCACUAUAAAAUGGUGAAAGAGCACGAAAAUGGUAAUGAGGUGAAAUUUGGGACAACUGUGCAGGAUAUUGACCACCAAAACAAUAGCAAAGCUAAUGGAGAUCCCUGUGUAUUGGUUGGAAACUAUGACAACUUGGGUGAGCUGGAGGACGAGGUCCUGGAGAAGACAAUGGGUUGGUUCCCAGUGGAGGAGUCGUGCAAUGAGGGCAACGAUCCUACCCUUUCAGUGCGUUGGAUACUUGACGAACCGCCAACUGCGGCUGAUUUACCUCAUUUGGAAAGUUUGCUGGAAAUCUCACCCUCGAAAUUUUGGAGUCCGGAAUCUGAGUCAGGAAAACGAACGUCUGUCCACUUCGGAUACCUUUGCCGUUCUGAGUCAUCGCAAUCGCCGCACUCAAUCCAAUAUUUUUUAAACGAUUCACCUGCUUCAUCUCCGGAGGUGACAAGAACGAUCUUUAGUGGCGUCCCUGGUACAAUCAAUUCAUCAAAGGAACCGAAGCACCACUGUUCGCAAAAACGCCCUGCUAUGCACGGCGCAAUACAGAAAAUUUAUUCACCAUGCAUGGAUACAGCGAUCCCUUGGACUUGGCGAGAAUCCAUGGAGACAAACAUGAAGUCACCUUCCUUAGGUUCUGGUAGAAAAUUUGCUCAAGUCCAAAUUUGUGUUCCACAUGUGUCCCCUGGGUUUUCAGAGGACAAACGUGGGAAUCUCACUAGCAGAGAGCAGAAUGUGAUUUCAACUCCUACUCAAGAUCAUACCCAUCAAGAAACAGGCUGCUUAUCGAAUUUCACCAAAUCAGAUGGUGCCGUUCACAGAUUGAUGUCUCAGCAUGGGAAAAACCUAGUUGUAGACUUUCUGAAAGUAGGGCCAACGACUCAGGAAAGGAUUGAAGCCAUAAGGAACGACACAGAACUCAGAGAUACUUUCGUGCCACCGAGUUCAAAAUUGUGGGUUCAAGUUGAGAAUCCGACAAUGCCAUCAGAUAACAUGCGGGAUCAAUUUUCUGCAAGGCUCUCUGACAAGGAAGGAACGAACGCUUCAUCGUCUUUGGAACUCCAGAUUCCACAAGGAAACCGAUUGACGGGUACUGCUGAUGCUCCUCUGCAGCCUCUAUCUUCACCCGUAAAGCCUGAAGUCGUACUCCAAGUUCACAAAAAUUGCAAACGGAGAAGACAUGCGGAAUUGCUCCCACUCGCGGAUAUUUCAAACCAUCCGAAUUUGGCUGCGAGGUUAAGAGAUUCGCUACAUGAGAAGCUAGAGUCACAGCUUGAAUUUCCAAAUACACUCUUGGAAUUACUCAAUGAUGAGCGUCCAGUUUCCGAGCAGUGUCCACAAAAUUUGGCUCCAGGUAACGCAACGUGGUCAAGCCCGGGCGUCCCUCGUGUUUCGCGAAAGCGAAGCAGUCGAGUCACAACGCCGAAAGACAUGAGACCGAGAGUGUCGAACAUGCUUAUCGACGAUAAGAUGUUACAGUCUGCGACAGAAACUCCGAUAAAAGACCACUACACUUGUAAAAGAGGAAAGAAGAUCACCAAAAGCGCGUUUAAGGAGUUGCAAACGUUCCCAAGAAAUGUCAAAUUACGACUUCUCAUGCCUGACCCAGCUAGCUGUGAGAAUGAUAUGAUAGAAAUGACGAACCAAGAAGGUAGAAAUGUUAAGUCUCCGAUCCUAACGAAGGCAGUUAAACCUCUGCGGCUAAUAAAGACUAGUCCUGCCAAAGGUUAUUCUUGGACCAGGAUUAGAACGACGCCUAAAAGCAACGCAGUUGUCAGGUGUGAAACGAACAUAGAAGAAAGUGUUACAGGAGAAGAGAGACAUGAAGUUAAAGGAAAGAGUCUGUCAAAAGGAUCACCAGAUAUUGAAACGAACAAAAUUGCCGUUCUCCGGAGCUCGAAGUACAGGGGUGUAACAAGGCAUCGACACACAGGGCGAUUUGAGGCGCACUUAUGGGAUAACAGCAAAGUGAAGCUUGGGCUUGCGAGAAGAGGGCGACAAGUUUACCUUGGAGCCUACACUGAUGAAGAACAAGCUGCAAAAGCCCACGACUUAGCAGCUUUGAAGUAUUGGGGCCCUGGUGUGCACACCAACUUCCCGCCCAGUCUGUAUGAGGAGGAGUUGAAGACAAUGAAAAACCUAACUAAAGAGGACUACAUUCUUCUUUUGCGCAGGAAAAGUCCCGGGUUCACUAGGGGAAUAUCAAAAUAUCGUGGAGUUACAAGGCAUCACCAAGAGGGACGCUGGGAAGCCCGCAUUGGAAGACACUCGGGCGCAAAGUAUCAUUACCUAGGCACCUAUGACACAGAAGAAGAAGCAGCCGUAGCUUAUGACAGAGCUGCAGUUCUUCACCGUGGACCCAAUGCUGUCACGAACUUUGACAUAUCAAAUUACAUCAAAAGAAAAACCAAGAACCCCAAAACUGAAAUCACUGUAUGCCCACCUCAAAUGUGAUACUUUCAAGAUCUAAUUGAACAGAGACACAUCUCAUUGCAUUCUAGAAGCGGUUUAGGCACGACCACGCUUCUUUUAAGAAGCAAGUACAAGAAUCUAUUGAACCUGUGAACUGAGCAAGGGCUAUGGAUGUCUUCGUGACUACACAACAUGGGCCAAGCCACUGGAGUGUCAGAAAGCACAGUACCAUAUAGUCACUGAAGUGACUAAUUGUAUGACAACGGUGUGUGGUCAGCAAGGCUGUCCUACUGAAACGUCAGGCUACAAUUUUAUGCAGCAAUAGACAAGCAAUACACAAAUUGCCACAGAUGAAUCAGUACCCCAACUUCACUUAAUCAUGUUAGAUAAUCCCUUGCUCUCUUUUCAGCUCAGUGUAGGGGGGGGCUGACCAGUUCAAUGUAUGUGCCCCAUUCAUUGUGCACAAACUUGAUCAACAAAAUGGUCCGGAGAAGUGGCUUUAAAAUGUACUUUGACAAGCACACGAGCUUAAAAGAGCUCCUCUGGCUUAGAAUUGACAGCCAUAAGAUGUGCAAGGUGUAAAGUCUCUUAAAGGAUGAGUUUAUUCAUUGCAAUUCACUAUUUGGAGAGAAUAAAAUUAAAGAGAUUAUUUUUAA